GACGAUAAGAAGGUAGAAUUGCCCUCCAUUGAGAGCGUAGUGAUACUUAACAUUCCAUCUUGGGCGGCUGGUGUCGAUCUAUGGAAAAUGGGAGCAGAAGACGAGGAGAGUUCAGGAGUACAAAGUAUUAAUGACGGCAAGCUGGAAGUAGUGGCUCUUUAUUCUUCAUUCCACAUGGCUCAGCUGCAAGUGGGUCUCUCGAAACCCUAUAGGGUCGGUCAAGCUAGUACGGUGAAGAUAAAAUUAUUGCGAUCAUGCGCCAUGCAAGUGGACGGUGAGCCUUGGUACCAACAUACUUGCGAGUUCAACAUAACAUACUGCAAUCAGGCAUCUAUGUUGAUGAGCAAUGAUUUUUGAGUACGUGUGAUUACACUAAAAAUUUGCACAAAAGCAUUUAUUUAUAUAUUACUGUUCGAUUAUCAGUGUAUGUAUUCGCUAGAGCCGGUUCUAAUUUACCUAUUUGACGAUGGUGAUUAAAAUAUGAUAUUGUGAAAUAUUGUGGAGAUGAACAAAUCUAGUCAAUGUUAUUGCAAGAAAAUAUAUGUAAAUGUAAAUGUGUGUUAUAUCUUUUAUGGAUUAUAAAUAUUUCGUAAUUCUAUUUAUUGAUGCAGCAUUUAUAAUAAAAAUAUAUGAACAAUAAAAUAAUAUAUAUAUAUAUAAAGAGAGAAUAAAGA